AUGCUGUCGAUUGGCAUCUAUGGCUUCUUCUGCGUUUCUUCUCUCCUCUCCGUCUUGACGACUGCUUCUCCUCUGGCCAAGCGCGUAGCUCCGACCUUCGUCUUCAGCGGGGAUGCGCCCUUUUCUGUCUCGAGCGAUACUUUGGCAGCAGCAUUGACCUGCCCAAAUGGCAAUCCGACGACCUCAUCCCCACCUGUCCUUCUCGUUCAUGGCACAGCGAGCGUUGGCUCAGAGACUUGGGGUGAGGGCUACGUGCCUGCCCUCAAGGCUAACGGCUAUACAGCUUGCUAUGUCAACAUUCCCAACCGAUCAAUGGGAGACAUGCAAGUCAAUGCCGAGUUCGUAGCAUACAAUCUCCACUACUUAUCCUCCCUCUCCGGCGGUCUCCCACCCGCCGUUAUCGCCCACAGUCAAGGAAACCCCAACACACAAUGGGCUCUCGAGUACUUCCCCAGCACACGAAACAUCACUCGAGCCUUCAUCGCCCUCUCACCCGAUUUCGCCGGUAUCGACCUCCUCGGCAGCGACUCCCUCUUCUCCGACAUCUGCGCAACCGGUCUCUGCCAAGCCGCACUGUGGCAACAAGCCGCAGGCAGCAACUACUACAGCGCCCUCCACGCAAAAGAUUUCACCGCUCUCGUGCCCACCACUUCCAUCUGGACCCAAUUCGAUGGAGUCGUUGCACCGUAUCAGGAAAACGCGCAAUUGCCUGGUGCUACGGUCAUUCAAGUGCAAGAUUUGUGUCCUCUUCGACUCACGACACAUGUCACUAUGACGGUUUCUUCUCCUGUGUUCAGUUUGGCGUUGGAUGCGCUUCAGCAUGAUGGAGUGGCGAGCUUGUCGAGAGUGCGGAAGGAUGCUUUGGGUAUUUGUCUGCGCGUGAAUGCGGAGGGGAUGAGUAGUGAUGUUAUAACGGAUCUUGGGAAGGAUUUGACGGAGCUUGUUGAUGGGUUUCUGUGA